AUGCCUGCUGUUGAUGUUUCCUCCGUUCCUGCCGUCUCCGGCAAGGAGACCGCUCAGUCGAUCGCCGUCCUCGAGGACUUGUUCAAGACCCUGAACGUCUCUUCGACUCAGGACGAGAUCAACGCUGCCUCGAACGACCUUGCUCACCUUCUAAGCGGUCCCAUUCCCGAGCAGACUCUGCCUCUGAAGGCCGUCGAGACUUUCAAGAAGCAGCUCGCCAACAAGAAGGAUGCCGCUGCCCGUCAGCGUGCUCUCGAUGCCAUCCGGGCUAUCGCUGCCCACCCCACCAUCGCUCCCGGUGUCGAGCCUCACCUUGUGACCCUGCUUGGUCCUGUCUUGGUAGCCAACAGUGAUAAGGUCGGCGACGUUCAGAAGGCCGCCCAGGCUGCCGCCGAGGCCAUUGUCACCGGUGUCAGCGGUAACGCUGUUAAGGCCGUCCUUGCUCCCAUUCUCGAGUCCGUGACGAGCGCUCAGAAGUGGCAAGAGAAGAUGUGCGCUCUUAACUGCAUUGCCUCUCUGGUCAAGAAUGCUGCGAUUCAGCUUUCGUUCCGUGUUCCCGAAAUUAUUCCCGCUGUUUCCGAUGCUAUGUGGGACACCAAGACCACGGUCAAGGUUGAGGCCAAGGAGGUCAUGAACCAAGUCUGUAAAUUGAUUCAGAACAAGGAUAUCGAGAAAUUCAUUCCUGCCUUGGUUGAAUGUAUUGCCGACCCCAGUAAGGUUGAUCAGACUGUUCACUUGCUCGGUGCUACUACUUUCGUUUCCGAUGUCACCGGCCCCACCUUGGCUAUCAUGGUGCCCCUGCUGGACCGUGGUCUGGACUCUUCCCAGCAAACCGCCAUCAAGCGUAAGGCCGCUGUCAUUGUCGACAACAUGUGUAAGCUUGUGGAGGACCCCCAGAUCGUGGCUCCUUUCCUGCCCAAGUUGAUGCCCCGUCUCGAGAAGAACCGGGACACCAUGGCCGAUCCCGAGGCUCGUGGCAAGACCCAGCAGGCCUUGGACACUCUCUGCCGUGUCGGAGAUGUCAAGGACGGCAAGAUCCCCGAGAUCUCCACUGCUGGUGACAUCGACACUGUUGCCGGUGUCCUGAAGGAGAUUCUGGAGGCUAAGCACAAGGGCAAGGUCGCUGGCGCUGAGGCUGUCAUCAACUACGUCGGUGCUAUCGGCGGUCAGCUCAUUGAUGAGCAGGACAACGAGGUCAUCAACUGGACCCGCAACGCUUCCCCUUACAUCGCUGCCAUCGUUGGCGAUGAGCACGCCCCGGCAGUCGUCGAGGAGCUCCGCAAGAAGGCCUGCCCCGCUGCUCUGGCUGCGGACGACCUUCCCUCCGACGAGGAGGAGGGUGAGGAUCUUUGCAACUGCACCUUCUCCCUGGCCUACGGUGCCAAGAUCCUGCUUAACCAGACUCGCCUUCGUCUGAAGCGUGGUCAGCGUUACGGUCUGCUCGGUCCCAACGGUACUGGAAAGACCACCCUCAUGCGUGCCAUCAACAACGAGCAGCUGGAGGGUUUCCCCAAGAAGGAUGAGGUCAAGACUGUCUAUGUCGAGCACGAUUUGGAUUCUGCCGACACUGAGCAGACCGUUAUCGGCUGGACCCUCAAGAAGCUUAUGGAGGUCGGUUUGGAGCCUAAGCAGCCCGAGGUCGAGGCCAAGCUCGAAGAGUUCGGUUUCCUCCGGGAGCAGUUGGAGGGUCCCAUUACCGCCCUCUCUGGUGGAUGGAAGAUGAAGUUGGCGCUUGCCCGUGCCGUGUUCGAGGAGCCCGAUAUUCUGCUCCUCGACGAGCCUACCAACCACUUGGACGUGAAGAACGUUGCCUGGUUGGAGAACUACCUCUGCACCUCCCCUUGCACUUCGAUCAUGGUGUCUCACGACAGCAAGUUCUUGGACAAUGUCAUCCAGCACGUCGUCCACUACGAGCGCUUCAAGCUUAAGCGUUACCGUGGUACCCUGAGCGAGUUCGUCAAGCGCGUUCCCUCUGCUCGCUCCUACUACGAGCUCGGUGCCGGCGACAUGGAGUUCAAGUUCCCCGAGCCCGGUUUCCUUGAGGGUGUCAAGACCAAGGCCAAGGCCAUCGUUAAGGUUUCGGACAUGACCUUCCAGUACCCCGGCACCCCCCGUCCCCAGAUUACGGACAUCAGCUUCCAGAUCUCGCUGGGCUCUCGUAUUGCCGUUAUCGGUCCCAACGGUGCCGGUAAAUCUACUCUGGUCAACGUUCUGACCGGUGAAUUGAUCCCCACCAAGGGUGAAGUCUACCAGCACGAGAACAUCCGUAUUGCCUACAUCAAGCAGCACGCUUUCGCCCACAUCGAUAACCACCUCGACAGCACUCCCUCCGAGUACAUCCAGUGGCGUUUCCAGACCGGUGAGGACCGUGAGACCAUGGACCGUGCCAACAAGAUCGUCACCGACGAGGACGAGAAGGCCAUGGACAAGAUCUACAACAUUGAGGGUUCUCCCCGUCGCGUCAUCGGUAUCCACUCUCGUCGUAAGUUCAAGAACACUUACGAGUACGAGUGUUCGUUCUUGCUCGGUGACAACAUCGGCAUGAAGAGCGAGAAGUGGACUCCUAUGAUGACUGCCGACAACGCCUGGAUUCCCCGUACCGAGAUCAUCCAGUCCCAUGCCAAGAUGGUCGCCGAGGUCGAUCAGAAGGAGGCUCUUGCCAGCGGUCAGUUCCGUCCUCUGGUCCGUAAGGAGAUUGAGGCCCACUGCGAGCAGUUCGGUCUGGAUGCCGAGCUGGUCUCUCACUCCCAGAUGCGCGGUCUCUCCGGUGGUCAGCGUGUCAAGGUCGUGCUCGCCGCCUGCUCGUGGCAGCGCCCUCACGUGAUCGUCCUCGACGAACCCACCAACUACCUCGACCGUGACUCCCUUGGUGCCCUGUCCAAGGCUAUUAAGUCUUUCGAGGGUGGUGUCGUCAUCAUUACCCACUCCCGUGAGUUCACUGAGAACCUCACCGAGGAAGUGUGGGCUGUCGUCGACGGAAAGAUGACCCCCUCCGGCCACAACUGGGUUCAAGGACAAGGCUCUGGCCCUCGUCUUGACAAGAAGGGCGACGGUGAGGAGGAAGUGGUUGAUGCAUACGGAAACAAAACCGUGGUCGAAAAGAAGAAGAAGCUCACAGGCUCUGAGCUCCGAAAGAAGAAGAAGGAGCGUGCUGCCCGCCGCAAGCGUGGAGAGGAAGUGUUCUCCGACGAGGAGUUUUAG